CUCUAAUCGCAAAAACCUACAGUUUAAAAAAAAAAAGUUUUUAAGCGCUCAGAUUUGUUUUAAGACAACUGAAUCGAACGAAAUUACUAAAUAUCAAUCAACUAGAUUUUUAUUUGUUGACAUCUUUAAUUUGAAAAUCAUGGGAAAUAUAAGUCGCGUUUCAAGCAACUUUGACGCAUUAAGGAUGCAUCAUUUUCAAUUCUUUGGAAUGGUGGUCGUUAUAAGUUUUCUCAGUUUCCUGCUCUACCCAUCACGGCGGAGAAUGGACUCGCCCAGCGUGCUGUACGGCAUGUUGCACCUCGGCAGCUUCGGUGCGAACUUUGGUGCGCAACUCUGGGUCACAUUAGUAGCUGGGCUCACCAUGUUUUACAGCCUGCCACGACAUAUGUUUGGUAAGGUUCAAUCCAGACUGUUCCCCAUGUUCUUCUUGUGGAGUCUCGUCUGUUCAGCCAUCACUCUGUCCACAUUCCUUGUCCAGCACCCGUGGGAGACCCUGGAGACAGCUCAGCUCGUACAGGUUGCAUCCCUUUCCAUUUGCUUCGUUACUGCUGCCUUGAAUUCCUUAGUAGUCUCCCCUCUAAUCGUCAGCGCAAUGUUGAAGACAUUCAAGAUGGAGGUUGACGCCGGGGUGGGUGACGUCGUGGGAUACGCCGACAUGAAGGAGCUGAAGAAGAACCCACAGUACUUCGAGUCCUACCGAAUGUUUCGCCGUUGCCAUGGAGUCAGCGCCAUGCUGGUCGUGACGUCGUUGAUUGCUAACAAUGUGUAUCUCUACUUUCUGACCAGCCUCUGCCUACCAUUGUGAGAUAAUAACCAGUGUUAUUGCUGCAUGCUUACUCUUUAGUUGAUAUAACAUUUAGAUCAAAGCAGAGGGAAUGGCUCUUCAGGUCCAUGACCUAAAAAAAAAAAAUACUAAUCCGUCCAUGUUAGUGAUGUUAUCGAAGGGGGACAACACAUACAUUAUCCCCUUAAACAGAGUUAAUUCCCUUUCCCUUAUUGUAUUUAAAGAAUGCCAUCAAAAAAACAUGAUAAAAGCUCUAAGACAAGUAUACGGCCUGCAUACAUAAUAUACUGUGCAGACAUUACUUGUAGACUAAACAUGAAGAUCCCUGCCGAAAAAAAUUCCAUGCCCCUAAUAAUGCUCAACAGUUUUUAUAAAAAGGUAACCUAUGAAAAUAUUUGUAGAAUUGUUUGCAACGAAAAAAAAUGGCAAGGGGCAUUCUAUUUAGAAUGUUAUAGGUGAAUGGACUACACUAUAAAAUGUUUCAACCAAAUGUAAAUAGUUUUAAACAGAUUUGUUUACCUAGCUGUGGUUGGUUAUUGCAGUCAGGUGAUUGUAAAAGGACUGCUGAGCACAGAACUGUUUUAGCCUUGUGUUUUACAUCAGUGUAAAUAUGACAUUUUUUCUGUGAUACAUUAAUUUAUUUCCAAGUGUUGAGCCCAAACAACUAUGAUUAAGAAUUGAGACAUAAAAAAAAAAAAAAAAAAAAGAACUGAACAAGAAUUGGCUAUGUAUUUCUGUUGUCAAAUUGUAUUUUGAAAAUGACUUUGUACAAAAUAGAAAAAAGAUACUUUUUACUGUUGUGACAUGUAUAUGUACACAUUGGAUCCAUUCAUUUGUAUAUUUUGUAAAGCUAUUUGUUUCUUUGUGGUAACAUGUGGAGCUUGUAUCAAGCUCAGUAGUGUUUCCAGUGGCGUAGCUAGGGUGGGGGAAGGAGAACUUGAAAAUCUCCCCGGGCUCCCAAACAAGUGUUUUUUUUUACAUUAAAAAUUAAAUAUUAUGCAAAAUGCAGAGUCCCCCCCCCCACCCCAAACGAAGGAAAACUCCUAGCUACGCCCCUGAUUGUUUCAAUACCUUGCUAAAAGCUUAAAUUAUUCAACAUUCAAAUCAACAACUAGUUAGAAAGACACAAUGAAUAUAUCUAUCACUUAAGAUCAAGUUGCUGUUGAUUAGUUCUUCUAUUUAUUCAUUAGACAGUUACUUAACAUUGUUGGCUCCUUACAUUUGUGUUUUUAACUUGCCUCAACCUCUCCAGAAUCUCACUGCAUUUCUAAACCAUGUUCUGCGAGUCUUCAGAUAGUCUCAAAUGUUAUCUAUCACAUAUAUAACAAAAAAAGAAAUAUCUAUGUUGUUGUACAUACAUAAUGUUUGAUCAACAUUUAUUUGGUACUUGUUACAAGGAAUAAAAAAAGUUUAUUAUU